AGCAGAGCGACAAUCUGUCACAGCUGUCGCUCCCAUUAUUUCUUCAUUCUUUAACCGACCGUCCAGUGCCAGACUGGAAAAUCGUUACAGUCGGCAGCAUAAAGCUCCUCUACAUCAACAGCAUUAUCUUAGUAGUACUUCUGCCAGCAACUUCACCAUCCUUUCCAACAUUCAAGUUGUCCCGGUCGCGCCAGCAGCUAUGGCAGGAGCUACAUCUGUCAGUGCGUCUAAUGGAAGUAGCACCAGUGGUAGUCUACCAGGCUCCACUAACAAAGUUCUUCCUCCUCUCAUUAUCUCUGUGAAACCUGAUAGCGGCCCUAUUCCAGGCGGAAACACUGUAUCUAUCAUCGGCCUUGGCUUCACAAAUGCUACAGCUGUAGCUUUUGGCCCAACCCCCGCCACCUCCUUCACUGUGGCCUCCUAUGAAACAAUAAACGCUGUUGUUCCACCAGGACCUAGAGGCGGCGGCACUGUCUCUGUCCGUGUCACUGGAUCUCAGGGUAUCAGUAAUACCAUGCCAUACACCUAUAAAGCUCAUCCUGUUAUCGACAAUGCGACUCCUAAUAAUGGCCCUCCUACAGGCGGAAACACUGUUAUCAUUACUGGCUCUGGUUUUGCCAAUGCUACUUCGGUGACUUUUGGAUCAAUUUCAGCCACAUACUUUACCAAAGUCUCUGACACACAAAUACAUGCUGUUGUUCCACCAGGAUCUAGUAGCAGCACUGCCUCUGUCCAUGUCAAUGGACCUGGUGGUAUUAGUAAUAGCAUACCAUAUAUUUACGCUAUUCCUGUUAUCAACGCUAUAAGUCCCACUAGUGGCCGUGUUGCAGGUGGAAACACUGUUGUUAUUACUGGUCGUGGGUUGCUAGAUGUCACAGCUGUGACAUUUGGUCCAAAUCAUGCCUCUUUCACUAUUGUUUCUGACACAUUGAUAGACGCUGUUGCUCCACCAAGACUUAAUGGUAUAGGCACUGUCUCUGUCUAUGUCACUGGGCCUGGUGGUAUUACUAGUAAUGGCAUACCAUACAGCUACAAUCAAAUUGGUCCUGUUAUUGGUACUAUAAGCCCUACUAGUGGCCCUGUUGCAGGUGGAAACACUGUUGUUAUUACUGGCUCUGGUUUCACAAAUAUCACAGCUGUGACUUUUGGUUCAAAUCCUCAGACUUCUACUCCUUUCACUGUUGUCUCUAGCACAGUGAUCAAUGCUAUUGUUCCACCAGGACCUAGUGGUGGAGGCACUGUCCCUAUCUAUGUUAUUGGGUCUACUGGCAUUAGUAAUGGCAUAUCAUAUACCUAUACUCAAACUGGUCCUGUUAUCAGUUCUAUAAGCCCUACUAGUGGCCCUAUUGCAGGCGGAAACACUACUAUUAUUACUGGCUCUGGUUUUACAAAUGCUACAGCUGUGACUUUUGAUUCAACUUCUACCUCUUUCACUACUGCCUCUGAUACAGUGAUCAAUGCUAUUGUUCCACCAGGACCUAGUGGUGGAGGCACUGUCUCUGUACAUGUUACUGGGCCUAGUGGCAUUAGCAAUGGCAUAUCAUACACCUAUACUCAAACUGGUCCUGUUAUUGGUACUAUAAGCCCUACUAGUGGCCCUGUUGCAGGCGGAAACACUGCUAUUAUUACUGGCUCUGGUUUUACAAAUGCUACAGCUGUGACUUUUGAUUCAACUUCUGCCUCUUUUGCUAUUGCCUCUGAUACAGUGAUCAAUGCUAUUGUUCCACCAGGACCUAGUGGUGGAGGUACUGUCUCUGUACAUGUUACUGGGCCUAGUGGCAUUAGCAAUGGCAUAUCAUACACCUAUACUCAAACUGGUCCUGUUAUCAGUUCUAUAAGCCCUACUAGUGGCCCUAUUGCAGGCGGAAACACUGCUGUUAUUACUGGCUCUGGUUUUACAAAUGCUACAGCUGUGACUUUUAAUUCAACUUCUGCCUCUUUUGCUAUUGCCUCUGAUACAGUGAUCAAUGCUAUUGUUCCGCCAGGACCUAGUGGUGGAGGCACUGUCUCUGUACAUGUUACUGGGCCUAGUGGCAUUAGCAAUGGCAUAUCAUACACCUAUACUCAAACUGGUCCUGUUAUCAGUUCUAUAAGCCCUACUAGUGGCCCUGUUGCAGGCGGAAACACUGCUAUUAUUACUGGCUCUGGUUUUACAAAUGCUACAGCUGUGACUUUUGAUUCAACUUCUGCCUCUUUUGCUAUUGCCUCUGAUACAGUGAUCAAUGCUAUUGUUCCACCAGGACCUAGUGGUGGAGGUACUGUCUCUGUACAUGUUACUGGGCCUAGUGGCAUUAGCAAUGGCAUAUCAUACACCUAUACUCAAACUAGUCCUGUUAUCAGUUCUAUAAGCCCUACUAGUGGCCCUGUUGCAGGCGGAAAUACUGCUGUUAUUACUGGCUCUGGUUUUACAAAUGCUACAGCUGUGACUUUUGAUUCAACUUCUGCCUCUUUUGCUAUUGCCUCUGAUACAGUGAUCAAUGCUAUUGUUCCACCAGGACCUAGUGGUGGAGGCACUGUCUCUGUACAUGUUACUGGGUCUAGUGGUACCGGUACGGUUGCAUAUACCUAUGCUCUAGCUCCUAUUGUCACCGGGCUUACCCCAGCGGCUGGGCCGAUAGCAGGUGGGAAUACGGUCACCAUCACAGGCUCAAACUUCAGCAAUGCCACAGCAGUUACAUUUGAUGGUAUUCUAGCCAGUUCUUUUGCCAUUUUACAGCCCACUCAGAUAGUUGCUGUUGCUCCGCCGGCUACUGCUGUCAAGGUUGCCUCUGUGGUAGUCACAACGCCUGGUGGUUCUAGCACUCCUGGCCCAGGGUCUGAGUAUGCUUAUACAACUGCACCUUCCACUAUAAGUGUGAGUCCUGCUUUGGGCAGCACGGCUGGUGGAGACACUGUUACCAUCAUCGGCAGUGGCUUCAGAGGUACCACCAGUGUGGAUUUUGGAACCACCCCUGCAACAAGCUUUACAGUUUUCAGUAAUACGGAGAUAAAUGCCAUCACACCAGCACACUUCAUUGGCACAGUCCCAAUUGUUAUUACCAGCUCAGGUGGCACAAACAGCACACUUAGUUUCAGCUUUGUGAUGCCACCAGUUCUUACCUCAAUUGCGCCAACUUCCGGAUCGGCUGCAGGGGGCACGGUGGUGUCCAUCACCGGGCAAAAUUUGGCAAGUUCCCUUAAUGUGAAUUUUGGGCACACUGCAGUAGUGCCUACGUCCAUCAUUGACGACAACACAGUAACUGCAAUAAGCCCUGCUGGAACGGCGGGUGUUAUUGCUGUGACGGUUACUACAGCUGCUGGCACCAGCAACGGCCUCCCAUUCAUCUAUGUCAUGUAA